AUGGAACCGCUCAAGGAUAUACUCCAUAACCUUCGACGAGCUUUCUCUAGACACAGGACCGGCGAGAGCAGUGGCUUACGGGUACUCUGCGAUCCCCAAGACGCCCAGAUAGACAUCGUUGCAGUUCACGGCCUUGGUGGCCAAGGCUUCGGCACAUGGGUCACCUCGGACUCGAGAGCCGGCAAGUCCAAGCCUUGGCUCCAGGAGCUACUCGGCGCAGAUAUCCCCGGUGCCCGUAUCAUGACGUAUAGCUAUCUCUCUGAUGGCGUGAGCUACAGCUACAUCGUUCGCAACAUCGUCUAUGGCCGUGCGCUUCACCUGGCCAAGGUGCUUGCCGCCAAGCGCAAGCAGGAUGGAACAAGCCGCCGGCCCCUAUUCGUCAUCGCACACAGUCUGGGCGGCUGGAUAGUGAAGCGGGCGCUGAUCAUCUCAAGCGAGGCUGCAGACAUGAGGCUCAGGGACAUUGAGCUGUCUACCUGCGGCGUCGUCUUUUUUGGUACCUUGUCUCCCGGGCGGCCGGCAUCGCCCUCGCCACUGGCACAUGUUAUUAGGAGAACCACUUCGAAUCUGGCCGAGCUGGACAAACCAAAACCACGAGCCAGCAGGGAGUCUGCGCCUCAUGAACCCCCGGCCGGCGAUAUUGAGUGGCUGGAGCACCAGCUGGAGGCCUUCAAAGCCAUCGCUGCCAGUCUUCCGAGGCUGUCCUUUUACGAGACAAAGAAGACAGAGGAUGACUACGUUGUGGAGCAACGGUUUUCCAUGGCCGGUUCGGAUGGGGAGCAGAUUGGGCUCACGGCUACCCAUUCCGACCUGAUCAAGUUUCAUGGCCGGGAUGCCAACUAUCAGAUUUUUAUCAAAAACUUCCGCCACAUGGUAGAGACGAGCGCAGCGUCCGGCUUGCUUGAAUCGAAGCAAAAGGCUUUUGAUUUUGCUGCAGUGCCCCGUCUUGAGUACCUGGCUCAAGGCUACUCGAUCCCAUACCGACUUCCUGGCGAGCAACAUGCUGUGGUCCCCCGCCGGGGUCUUCUUGGACGGUUAGAGCAUAUGCUCAGCUCCGAUGUAGAUCCAAUGAUUGUGAAGCUCGGAAUAGUUAGCCUUUGGGGCUCGCCAGGUACCGGCAAAUCCACCCUAGCUAGGUAUUAUGCGGACGUCAACCGCGAGAAGCUGUCCUUCGUCUUUUGGCUCAGGGCAGAAAGCUGGGAAACCGUUGCAGCCAGCUAUCUUGAGUUUGCAAACACCAUCGUUGAGCACUAUGCUAGGGAGACGCCCCGAAGUAAAGUCGAAAAUGAUUUGGGAUUUGCCGGUGUCGAGGAUAUGCUCAAGGUGAAAAGCAUUAUGCAACUGGACGAGUCUCGCGUUAGAUCAGUCGUGUCUUCUGUCAAAGAUUGGCUGCUUCGCCCAGAAAAUACCGGGUGGUUGCUCAUUUUCGACAACGUGGAGCAGUCGUACGAUCUUUUCGACUUUAUUCCUGUCAGCUUGUCCGGCAAAAUUAUAUUGACGUCUCAAGACAGGAAUUGUUGCGCCUGGGCCAUUGAGCUGCAGGUUGACGCCAUGGAGGAAGACGAAGCCGUCAGUUUAUUAGAUACCAUCGUUGGGAAUAAUCCUGUGCAAAACCCGGCCCAAGCCGAGGCAGCGUCCCAGGUCGUUCAGCAACUUGCCUACCACCCUCAAGAUAUAGCCAUGGCAGCAGCUACGAUCCGGAAUAAAGGGUUAAGCGUCUUGGAGUACUGCGGCGUCAUUCAGACAUCGAUGCCCAUGACCCUGCUUGGGUCGACCCUUCAUCAGUCUCCUUUGACCAAGACAGUCUUGCAGAUCAGCGCCAUGCUGUCGACAUCCAUAAUACCCGUGGCAUUGUUCGGCGCGACGUCGCAUGUAAAAGAGGCCCCAGAGCGACUUAGACCAAUCCUUGGAGAAAUUAGAGCUUUUCAAGACCCUGAACACUUGGAUGACGUACUACAAUAUCUCCUGGACCAGAAUUUUAUUCAAACUCCGAGUUCUCCUUCCGACACGGCGUCAUCGUUGGUCCCCUCAUCACCCUCUUCCCUGCCUUCUUCACAAACAUCGACAUAUUUUGAUGCGUUUGUCGUUGAUUCAAAGGCGCGAGAAUACGUCAGGGGAAUGCUCUCAGACGAAGAAAAAGUAAACCACGCCUGGAUGGCAUGUAACGUUUGUGUUGACGGAAUCAAGGAACAAGAAGAAAAAUCAAGCACAGUCCAAGAAAUUCACGACUUUGGGAGGAUCAUGGGACCUCAUGCAAAGACGUGCUUUGAUGACUGGUCCGACGUGCUACAGGUAUCAGCAGAUGAUGUCGACGUCGCUUGGCAUGUUCUCGGUCAGGUGUGCAUGACACAGGGCGCCAUUGACCAAGCCAUCGGAUGCUUCAAGUUGUCUCUACGACAAGAGCCAAACCAGAUGGAUGCCAGAGAGCGUAUACAAAUCGCCUUGUGCCUGUCAUCUCUGUUGCAGCAGACGAAGCAGCACAAGGAGAGCAGCGAGGUACUCGCAGACAUUGACAUCGCCUCUGUUGACCAAGCACUCGGUUUCAAAGUUGCGUUGGCACGUGCAUCUGCCACGGCUGCCUUGGGUCAGCAUGAACGUGCAAAGAACCAGUAUGAAAUGCUUGAACUGCAACAAGAAGAGGCGCUCGGUCCGCUCGACGUCACCACCGUGGGCACUGUUCAAAAACUCGCCGCGACCUUGGACAAACGAGGCAAACACGACGAGGCGCAGGCACUGUACCGUCGAGUAUACCUUUCAUACCAAAACAUCUACGGCCCAAACGACCGCAUGACUCUGGAUGCACUUGAUGACCUGGCCAACAGCUAUAAGGAAAGCUAUGCCAUUGACGAGGCCGAAACGCUAUACCAACAGUCCAUCGACAUCCGGACGCGGGCUCUCGGGCCGCAUCAUCCCGAGACGGCGUACGCGAUACAGAAUCUCGCAGUGAUUGAGGAUCUUCGGGGUCGCUACGCCGAAGCCAAACUGAAGUACCAACAGGCACUGGACAUCAUCGCCCCCUCUCUCGGCAAGGGGCAUCCCUUGUACACCACAGUUCUGGAAAACAUGGCCUUCUCACAUCGCCGCCACGGGCACGCUCUCGCUCACAGUCCACCUCCGCGGCCUGCUGCAUCCCGCACAUUGUCCACACAUGGACGGGAAAAAUCAAAAUCGAUCAAAAUCAAGGAAGAUGCCUUGGAGAGAGAAGUCAGCUGUCGAAGAGCCUUUGAAGAAGCCGAACAGCUGUACCUUGACGUUUUGACCAUCAAAAAGUCGGCAAGACAAUUUUACUCGGAAGAGAAGAUUGUUUCCACGGGGUCCAAGCUGGCAGAAAUGUACGAGAAUGAGCAAUUCUUCGAUGACAACAGAAACGAGCUGAUGGAAAAGCUCAGAGUCAUGUUGAGAGAGUGUCGUAGAAGGGGAACCAUAUAA